AUGGAGAAUCUCCUGAAAGGCCUUCGUUUCAGGAACUGUUACCAGCAAUGGCAGUACCAAAUAAAGAAGUAUGUGAAUGAUGAAGGGAGCUACUUUGAAGGUGUAUCUCCUAGUAAUAUUUAUGCUUUACCUGAAAGGAAAGGAGCUUUUUCAAAUGAUGUAAAUGCAAAGGAUUAUGAAGAGUUUGGAAAAGUAAAUGAAUCUGGUUUUUUACAGGAAAGAGAAGAAAAUAUGCAUGAUCUCUUCUCAAAAUCAACUUUGAAUGUAGUUUCUCUAGAAGUUCAGAGAGAAAAUGAAAUUACAACAAGAAAUCAUCAGACAGACUCCUUUGAAAAUGAUGGGCAAAAUGAUGUAGAUUUUUCUGAUAAUUUAGGAAAUGUAUUAAAAUAUGUGGAUGAUAGUCAUGUUACUGAUAAGACAAAUGAAGAAACUGAUAAAAAACUAAAACCGAUUGAUCCUGAAAUUAAUAGUUAUGAAAAGUCAUAUGAAAGUGAUGAGAUUCUGAAAGGAAACAUACAAGUUCUUGUUUUGGAAGAAAAACCAUUGAUCACUAGUACUACUGAGGAGAGUUAUAAUAAAUCUUCAGUUCUUGACACUGAAAGAAUUGUGUUACUUCCUGAGUUGGAGACUUCGAAUGAUAGUGUAGAAAACAAUAGUCCUGUAGAUAAUAAACAUAUAUCUUUGCAAAUAUGUUUUGAGAAUCCAUAUAGAACAGUUUGUGAUAACACCCUUGAAGCAAGUUCUUUAGCAUUUACAAAAAAAUUACAGAAUGAAAAUGAUAAUAUUAAAUUAUUGAAUGAAAACUAUGAAGAAGUGAGCUUAGAUGAUGAGCCUAGUUACUGUACAUGGAGAAAGAAAAAGUAUUGUGCCAGUUCUACUGAAUUUAUUUCUAGAAUUAGCAGUGUUGAAUGCAAUGCAAUUUUGCAGAACUGUGAUGUAGAGGAAACUGAGCAAGGAAAAUACAAUUCUCACAGUCAUUCCAGUUCACUAUUAAGUGUGAGAAAGAUCUGUAGGAUUACACCUCUUAAAAUAAUGAAAAGCAAUGGCAAGUGGAAUAUUUCCAAAAAGAUGUAAAAUUGUUUUUACAAAAUUCCCUUCUGUGUUCUAAGUAAACUCUGGAAUAGGAAGUAUAUGUCUAAGACCAACAUUAAAGAAGAUAAAGCAUGUAGCAACUUUUCUGAAUGCUUCAUAUAUAUAAAUAUAUUGUUAGUUGAACAAAUUGUAUAUAAUUUUAAUUUUCACCUUUAAAAAAUAGUUGUCAUGAAUUAUCUAAAAAGAUUGUCAAUUACAAAUGAGGUUUUACUUUGCUAAACAAUGAAUAUAGCUUGCUGUGUCAUAGAAAAUUCAAAUUUCAAGAUUUGUCUAAAUUUAUAUUUUUAAAUGUAUUUAUUCUUUGCUACUUUUGUUCAUAAUAGCAAGUAUUUUUAUGUAAUACACAGUCCAGUCACAUUAAUGUGACCACCUGGUCAAAAGCCAGUAUAACCUCCUUUUGCAGAGCAGACUACUGCAAGACAUACAGGAAGAGAGCAGUUAGGUUCCUGAAAGUGUUCACUGGGAUGCUGAACCAAGCUGACUCCGGUGAGGUGGCCAGAUGCACUAUAUUAUGCAGUUGAGGAUCCAUGGUUUGAACAACCCGAUCAACGUGAUCUCACGAAUUCCCUUCUGGGUUUAAAUCCGGGAGUAAGGUAAACUCGUCUUGGUGCUCUUCGAAACACGCACGUACACUGCAAGCUGUAUGACACUUUGCAUUGUACUGUCCAACAUUCUGAGAGAAAAAACAAUUUUCAUGUAGGGGUUGACAUGAUCCGUAAGGAGACACAUAUUUCUGUUGAUCCAUCCUGCCUUUCACAAUGAUGAGUGCACCCAGAGAAAUACCACGAAAAUGUGCCCCAGGUCAUAAUGCUCCCCCCUUUAGCUUGGACCCUUCCAGCAAUUGUUGCAAGGUGUUUGCUUUCUAACGGUUCACAUUGUAUACGCCAAUGUCCCUUUGCCCCAUGGAGCAUAAAACGCGAUUCAUUGGAAAAAGCCACCUGUCCCCACUCAGUGGACAUUCAACUGCAGUACUGAUGUGCGAAUUCCAGCCAUCAUCGCCGACGAACUGAAGUCAUCAUAGGUGCUUUAAUCAGACGUCUGCUGCAGAGAGCUAUAUGCAUUCUGUGAUUGGACUGUGUAUUAUGAGCAAACGAGUGAAAUGCAUUAUGAAAUAUUAUAUUUUUUUAAACUCAGAAGUAUGAAUUAGGCAACACUAGAACUAAAAAUGUUGUAAAUUGAUUUAAGUAUGAGGUAAUUAGCUGUUGAACAGAAAAUUAUCGUUUUGAUUAAGAUCAUGAAGGAAAACGUGUAUCUCAAAGGCAAGAAUUCUUCUCCUCUCUGAAGGAAAAUGAUUAACUGCACUAAAAACACAAGAUAAUUUUUAUCUUGAGGUUAUUUCUAAAUUUGCUUAACUGAAGAGUUUAAAUACUAGCACAUUUUUUGGACUUUAUACAAUCCAAAAUAUUUUCCUUUCAAAACUUUUAAUUAGCUUUAUUUACAAAAUUUUAGUUUAAGAUUUUUACAGCAAAUGAUGCAAAUUAUUUUUAUUAUGUACAAACACAAGUAUCAAUCAAAAACUGAUUCAUUCUGCAUAAAAUCAAAUCCAGAAUGCAAUCACAUCCUACAGAAUACUUUAAUCAGAAGAUAAAAAUAAAAAAACACCUAUUUUUACAAACUGUUUUUAAUGAACAAAAACAAGCAAACAAAAAUGUUAACGAGUGAGGCGAUACGAAAACUUAAAUCAAUAUAAAUUAUGAAAUGAAACGAAAUUGCCUGUGUUUCGGCUACUAGUAAUAUUAAGCUAGCACUAAUUAGAACAUUUUAAUAGAAAAAGUUCACAUAUAUCAAGGAAUGGUCAUCAAAAAAUAAAACUUUAACAAGUACUUAUAAUUACAAUAGUAAACUUUUUCUCUCCUACAUUCAUACAGUAUGUUCACAUUUUGACAAUUUGUUAAUAUUUUAUAACACAAUCCUUGAAAGCAGUCCUGCAGUCUUCAUUAGUAGCAACAUAUUAAUUACAAUAUAUGCUGCAAAAUGUUAAGGAACAUGUCUUCAGAUAUAAUUAAGUCCACUUGGCACUUAUGACAGAAUUCAUAUUCACACAGAGAAACUUUUUGUUUUUCUUUCUCUAGGUCAAUUAACAUCAUGAAAAUGAAAGGCAUCCAUUUUCCCCAAUUCAUUCUUUACAUUAGAUCUCAUCACAGAACAAUAUAUAAAGACAUGAAUUUAAAUUGGAAAGCUUUAUAUAUAUAUAGUAUUUUUUAGAUUUUGAAUACAGAUCCAUUUGUCAUAUUUCAACCUGUAUAAACAAACUUGGAAGAAAGUUUAAUUGAAGAAUAUGUGAAUAAAUAAUCCCCCCUCCAAAUCUUUGUUGAUAUUCAUCAUACACAUAAGUGGAAUGUUAGAGAAAGAUUUAUUCAAUAAUCAAAUUUAAAUAUGUGAUGUGAGAGAAAUACUUAGAAUAAUACCAGUAUUUGUUGGAAGAAAUCUUGUUAUCACAGAAGACAUAAGAAAGAAAAAAAAA